AGUCAACUGGACUGACUGGUCAGAGUAUUCGUUUCACAGCACAUGGUUCAGUCUAACAACUACUAACAGUGAGUUGGGGUUUGCUUUUGCGUGGAAAGGUUUGAUAUAUGAAUAUUCGUAUAUAAUACUGUGAGGUAUUGUAAUUUGGAUUACUUUUGAAUAUAGGUGGGUGGGUAGCACUGAUUGACCUCAGGAACACAGCCUUCUUGUCCUCACAUCCCUUCGGAACCAUUAUUCUCGACAUCUACACCUAGGCUAUAUCUUCGAGAACCAUUAUUCUUGGCAUCUACACCUGGGCUAUAUCUCCAAGAACCAUUAUUCUCGGCAUCUAUGCAUUCCCUAAAGUGUAUUAAGUGCAUCCCAGAGUCAGAGACAUCUUUGAACUGUACCAACACUGAGAUGGACUGCCCUAAUGGAAAGUGUCUGAGUCUGGGAAUAACAACCUACACCGUGGGCUUGAAAGCAAAUCAUAUCAACAUGAAGUUCUGCUCAACGCCAGGACAGUGUCCCUCCGGAACAAUCAAUUAUGGGAUGGUAGUGUCAAGCUAUAAAAGUCAGUGCUGUGGGACCAACCUGUGCAAUGCUCAGGACAUGCCAGAUAUACCACUCGUCAGCUCAAAAAAUGGCCAGAAGUGUUUUACCUGUGCAGGACCGGAUUGUUCAUCCACAGUGGAUUGUUUAGGAGAUGAAAAUCGUUGUAUCAAAUCAAGAGUAAUCACUGGUAGUGGCGUCACCAUGACACUGAAAGGAUGUGCCUCGGAGAAUUUAUGUGGGGCGUCCCAAUCCCAGGUACUCCCCAACAUCCACACAAGCUCUGUGUGCUGCGAGGGAAGUCUGUGUAACCAUGGCGAGCACUCGCGGUUUGCUCUCUCCCUCCUUCUGAUGGCCUUGUCCUCCCUCAUCCUCACCCUCUGAACCACCUCUUUUUGUUUGAAGGGAGUAUGAGAUCAUCUCAGUUCUUAUUAGCCAGAGGUUACAAAACCUGUUCCACGCUCCAUGGAUUGCAUGUCUGCCAUAGGCACCCUUGUUAAAGGCAUGUCCAUGGCUUGUUAAAUGCUGUGUUUUUUAUUUUUUUGUUGUUCUUUUUUCUUUAGCAGGAUCAUAUCAGAUUUUCUUGAUAAUUCACUUUUAACUCUGUGCCAAGUAAAUACGUAUGGGAAUGAGAUAUAAGUCUGUGAUUUCUUGCAAAUCCAAAGGCAUUGGAAAAUCAGCUUAAGCAAUCAGCAGCUAAAAUCUUAGGUUUUUGGACAUGGCUGAUCAACAAGGAUGUGACAUUUCAGUUGACAUUUCUUGGUUUUGACAUCUGGCAAUAGAUAGUGUAAAUAUUAUGAAUUUUAGUCAUGAGUAAUAUGAUAAUUAUUCAAAAUAGUUUAACUGCUAAAUGGUUUUAUUACUCGUUUUAUUUCAUUGUGUAAGCAUGAGCCUGGCUCAGGAAAUCUUUGUGUGAUUAUGUGAUAAAACAUUCCAGACAAUCAAUAAUCAAUAACCCAGUUUUUAAUCAUGUAUCUGUGUUACCUGAGACUUUCAAAAAGAUUUACUUCAAAGCAAAAAUAAAUGUUUUAUUCAUA